AAAUUGUAGAAUGGAAAGAUUUCAAAUUCAAUUAAAGAUUAGUAUGUUUUCUUUUCUUUUAGGUUGGCCCUACCUAUGGACGUCGCAUGUUGACAGGAUUGCUUAGAAGCAGGGGGCAUCGAAUUGGUGAGAGAGCUACCGCCUCUGCAUUGCGCGAAAUUAAUCCUGCUUACCACCGUCAUCGUCAAAGAGGAACUGAGAGGCUUAGAAAUCCCACACCGUACUACGCAGAAUAUGCAGGACACAAACUGCACAUGGAUCAGAACGAGAAACUUGCCGAAUAUGGAUUGACGCAUGUUAUUGCAUCAGAUGGUUUUAGCGGGAAAAUUGUUGGGGCUUCCUCAAUGCCUGUCAAGAAUAACAUUACAAUUUAUGAUGAAGUAUACAGGGCAGCAUGCUUGCAGUACGGCAUAUGGGAUCAAGUUCGAGUUGAUUAUGGCCGAGAGUUCUACCUUGUACUCUACAAACAGGAGUGUCUUCGCGAUAUGAGGACCAAUACCAACAGACAACCGUUUAUGCAAACACAAUCAAAACAGAACCAUAUUGCUGAGAGAGUGUGGGUGGAAGUUAAUCACCGUUCAACUUACCCUAUGAAAAGGGUUUUAGUAAAYAUGAAAGGACGUGACCUUCUGGACAUGGAAGACGACUGCUGGAAAGGAUGCAUGUCAGAGUUUUUGAUCUCCGUGUGCAGAAGCUCUAUUCAAAAUUUAAUCGAUGCUUGGAAUUCUAGAAGCAUUCCAGGCAAAGGAAUUCCCAACCUUCGUUUUCAAGCUAAUUUCCGGUGUGCGCCAGUGACGCAGUACGAUUUACCGAACGGCUACGAAUUGAGUCAAGAAUACACCCAAUUGGGGGGGCAAAUAACUGAAUUCUCCCCAUAUGGAAGUGAUCCACUUUUGAACGACUUUCAGGCCAAGGAAAACCGCGAUCGUCUAUUUUUUUCACGUUACGUCUCUUUUGAAAACGUUGCCCAUGCAAUUGCUAACCACCAAGAGGACGUUUUUGAACAAGCUCUAUUGCAUUACAUAAAUCUAACGCUUCACGGAUCUUACGUUUGACAUUAAUUCAUUGCUGUUUCAAUCUUUUUAGGUAAAAUUGGUACAAAAAUGUAGUCAUGGCUCAAAUUUCGCCUAAAUGAAUUCCAUAUGGUCAACCUCGGAGAGCUCGCAAACCAGCAGGGUUUGAAGAACGUGUUAGGCACAAAUUUCUAUUUUAUGCCCCUUCCAAGUAAAAAGAGUCUAUUAAACAUGUAUUAAAGGCCCACGCUCAUCCAAGAACUUUUCUGCAAUUUUUCUUCACUUAUAUUACGAUUGAUCACAAAGUAUCUUUAAAAAGGGAUAAUUUGCAAAACAAAAGCUAUGAUGAAAUGAUGACGAACCUUGCAUUAAGUAGCAUUGAUAUAAGAACCAAACUCAUGAAGUCAUAUUAUGCACAGUGUUUUACUGUAUCGUACUAUGUGUUUGAGUAAUAAUGACCCCAUAAUAUUUGCUUUUGCGAAGUAGCGCUGUUUUUUUCUGAUUAGUAUUAUAUGCAAAUUCACUUUGAUCCCUGGAAUACUUUUAUUCUGCAAGGGGAAUUUCUUUUCUGUUUUCUUCUAGUUUKUGAAGAUUUUGUAUCAAUGAUAUAAAUCGAUAUAAAGAAAUCUUUGAAAAGAUCUGAUACAACUCUAAAGCUUUAUGCAUAAAACACGUGAAUCUAUAGCAAAGUGCUCAAUUUGUAUAUACGUUAUCGUUAAACCAGAAGAAGAAAAAACGCUCCAUUUUAUUUGACGCCGUCCUGGUGUGAGAUGGAGAAAAGAAACUUUAUGAGCGGCCGUGUUGUAUGGGAACUUUAGAAAAGUCAUUAACAAUUCAUGAGCUGUCUAUUUCCUCAGGUGAUUGACCUUAUAAACACUAGUGUUGUAUCAGAUUUACAACACGGUCGUCGACAACCCAACACUAGCAAUGGUCUGAGUUUUAGUAUCAAAUCAUMGWCCUUCACUAGGUUUUGAAGCAAGUAAAUACCGAUAGCAUCACUCCCUUAUCCAAAAGAUGGCUUGCUUUUCCAUGUGGGAUGAAUAUUAUUCAAAUAUAUUAAUUAUUCAAAAUGUUCUCUGUUGCAGUAAAUUGCGCAUGCUUAAUAGAGAAUAAACUCAGUAGUUACCUUGUUUGUCUUUUUUCGUCAUUUAUCACACUAUAAUUGAUGUUAUCAAACUCAUUGAUAAUUCAUAAUGUCAUUAGCCAAUGAUAUACGGAGAAUCUAAUCACGUGAUUAUACCUUUAUAUUGGGUAAAAGGUGCAGCAACCUCAAA